ACAGUAACUCAUUUAACUGAUUAUUUCUUUCCAUCUGUUUUAUGUCUCGUUGCUUUUUAAUCUUUCCACUUUCAGACUUCAGAGUCUGGGUAAAGCUCUGGUUUUUUCCCCCCUGGGAUUAUCAAAAGCCUAACCCAGUAAAACCCUCAUGUCUGUUUUCAUUCAUUUUCUUUUCUGGGUAUUUUCUCAAGAACCUGAAACAAUAUCAGAAGGAGACAAUGACGAGAAAGAAGAUAGAGAUAAAGAAGAUCGAUAACAUAGCUGCGAGGCAAGUGGCGUUCUCAAAAAGAAGAAAAGGUCUUUUCAAGAAAGCGAAGGAACUUGCUACGCUCUGUGAAGCUGAGAUUGGUCUCAUGGUCUUUUCUUCUACUGGAAAGCUCUACGACUAUGCUAGCUCAAGGUCUCUUUCUUCUCUCUGAUCAAUAAUCUUUAUCUUAAUAUAUAUAUAUAUAUAUAUAUAUGUAAACCAAUAUUAGUUAUUAUAUUAGUGUAUCACCUUGAUUUAAUUAAUCCGCAAUCCCUUUUUUUUACACAUGUUUUGAAUGCUUUCUUAGCCAUUUAAGAAUGAGCGAAUAUUUUCCGUGAAAUCGUAUGAUAGCUUCAGAGAAAACGUGUGAGAAUUCUAAAAAUAAUUAUGAAGUUGUUCUCUGCGUGUGUACUGUGAGGCAUGAUUGAUCAUUCAAAACUUGUGCGAAAUCUUAAUUUCAAUUUAAAAAAUUCCAACAAUGUGAUAGCAAAGUUUCUUGAGGUGGGCCUGGAUAAGUAGCUUUUAAUUUUUGGUACUUUUUAAAAGUUAUUAAAAAAAAUCGUGAAAUGAGAGUGGAUUUUAAAAAUGUUACGGUUACUCAAUUUACACGCAACAAACUUAAUUUUCGUAACUUUUC